AUGUCGACCCUCGAGCUCUUCUGGCCGGAAAAAAGGUCCUAUCUGAAGCUCUGGUCAUGGACGACAGAGACCGACACCGAUUAUGUUGCUCACAUUAUCAAAAGCAUUGCGAACGGAGGGCGGGACCACUCUUUACGGGUGCUCACCGCGCGAAUCGGAGCCCACAAGACGGACAUGACGAUUCCGAAGAGCAACCGCGACGAGAAAACCCUACCAGCUAUCGUCAAGAUGGCACAGACGCCAGAGCAGAUUGCCACCCUCGAACGAGAGGCGGCGAUGUAUCGGGUGUUGAAGAAAGUUCAAGGGAGGGCAGUUCCAAAAAUCUACGGACAUUUUCGAGGGCGAGUUGACGGGAAGGAGAUUCAGUGCCUGCUGAUGCAAUAUGGCAAGCCACCUUUCAUGGGCGACCGGGACUACAUUGGACGGUAUAACAUGGACGCGAUCUAUGCCAUCCAUGCCAGUGGGAUCGUUCAUGGAGAUUUGCUAGACGAGCGCCACAUGAUAGAAAGUCGAAACACGAUAAUGGUGGUGGAUUUGUCGACAGCCACAACACACCGGUGCAUGCAUGGUCAAAAAGUGAUGGGAAGGGAUGGAGUUUGUCGCAUCGCGAAAUGCCCAGAGGUUGCCGCGCUUGAGGAGAAGUAUGGCUCUUAUUAUGACUUAUGGAUUUCUGCUGGUGGUGGUCAUGGUUUGCUGUCACCUUGCUUUGAAAAUGCAAGGUCCCCCACGGUCGAAAUGACCCUUUUAUGGUAA